AUGGGUCACAUGGCGAGAACAUUCAGCGCGAGGAGCAGUGCUCGGGGCUGGGAACAUUUGGGAAGUUUGGAGAGUAACCUUUCAACCAGGACAGGUGCCGAGGGCGCGGAGGUGGUGAGUUGGAGGAGACUGAGGAGGCGGAGCUGAGGUCGGGGCUCCGCAGCCCAGAACGUGCGUCGGUCCGAGCACCUGCUGCGCCCCGCUGGAGAGCAGUGUCACAGGAGGUCGUCUCUGCUCCUCAUGGCUGUGCUAUAGUAUUCCUCUGCCAGUUGGUCAGAUGCAGAGAGCAAGGGGUUCAGGCAGUGUGGACGAGGACAUGGCAGAUGGGGACCUGGGGGACGGCCCCAUCACCAAACCCAGGACUGACCCUGUGAUCCAGAGGAGCCCCAGCUGCUCCGGGCUCAGCUCACAGGGGGGCAGCCGCAGGGGGUCUGAAAUGAGCUGGAGUCCAGGGGUCCCAUGGAGCUACUCACAGCUGCACAGCAUGUCAAGAUCAGGCUGCAUGGACGAGCUGUCCAAAGAGGAGCUCAGAGAGACACUUCAGAAGGCCACAGAGACCAUCGAGCUGCUGCAAACUGAGCUGGAGGUGGCUCACAGAUACCUGGAGGGGAAGUACGCUGCGCUCAAAAUCCUUCAAGGAAAGGCCAUCCUGGAAAAGGCCACCAGCCACACCAAGACUCUGCUGCAGAAGAGCGAGCAGCGUUCCAAAUCUCUUGAGAAGGAGGUGAACACGCUGCAGUGGGAGCUGAGCAUGAGCCAGCUGCGCCUGCGCAUGUCAGAGCAGUCCUUUGAGAAGAACUUCUACAGGAUGCUGAGUGAGAGGAACAGUCUGAGUGAGGCCCUGAAGGAAACCAAGCGAGAGAAGGAGCAGCUCCAAGCAGAGAACCUGGCUCUCAGUCAGCAGUACAUGGAUCUCCUCUCCAGGGUCAGUCCUCAGAGCAUUUACCCAGUGACUAAAACUCUUGAACGGACGGAGAAAGACCACAGCCUGCCCCAGGGCCCUGACCCCAAACCACCGCCUCAGGACAACGCUCUUCCACACUGAACUCCACCCAGUCUGGAGACUGUCCUACUAAACACUGUCGCCACUGUCGCCACCCCUCUGUCCCGCUGAUCACUGUCCUACUGAACACAGUAACACUGAACACAGUCCCCUGUCCCCCGACCCUCUGUCCCCCGAUCACUGUCCUACUGAACACAGUCCCCUGUCCCCCGCCCCUCUGUCCCCCUGAUCACUGUCCUACUGAAUGUCACCUGGUGUGGAAACUGUCCUCUGAAAAACUGUCUUCCUGACCACUGUAUGCUUUCAACCCUCUGAACACUGUUCCACUGUCCCCCUUAUCGUUGUUCCCCUGAACGUGGUCCUACUGAACACCAUCCCAUCUGGAGACUGUCCUCAAGAAAAACUGUCCCUCUGAUUACCGCUGAACACUGAAAUCAGGCUACCUGCUUAUGGUUACUGCUCUGUACUUACGUCUCCAAUUUUAUUUUCUAAUCUCUGAUGCGUGUAGGAUCGGGCAGCACCGUGUAGUCAUUUUGGCACAAAUGAAAAAAAUAAAAAAAUCUACUGCUCGCUGGUGUAAUGUGCAGUUAUCCAUAGGAGGUACUGAAAACUUCAUGGCUCUUUGUUGUGAUGACGUUUACGGCAACGUCAGGUCCUACUAGGCACUGCAGUUUUCUAACGCGGGAGUCAGUGGACUUGUUUCUUUUUUUAAGUCAUUUUAGAUCAAUAUUGUCAUUUAAAAUGGGCAAAUUAUAACAAUUAUAAUGAUCCAUGAGUGUCGUAGAUUAAGACACAAGCACAAUAUGGCUUCUUUAAUAAAAGAAACAAGUCACUCUAAAUACAACUUAAGAAGAUAAAUGAGAAGGGAAAUAUAACAUGGUUAAAAGCUCUAAAAAAUGUAUUUUGCAGAAUAGAUCUGCUUUAACCAUUACCAAAUAACACAGGAGUAGACUACUGAGCCACAUGUGCAUGUUGUAUUGAAUAUUGUUGCAUCCCUAAUUGUUAUGCAUGUUUUAUUAUUUUAUGUAAAUCAUUUAUUACACUUGUAAUUUUUAUAUAAAAAUGUCUGUUUAUUUGUGUAAUGGUGAUAAUUUUUGUAUGCAUGGUGAGGUGUAUGAAAUUAAAACAAUUAUACAUAAUGGCAUAAAAAUGAGUGCAUAUAUUUUCAAUACAAUUUAAACAUUUCACCCAAAACCUGCACAGUGGGUCAAAUCUUCCAGCUAAGGUCAUCCUGACCAAGACCUCAAGAUCUGGAGAUGGUCCCACUUCUCCUGAAAUGUUUAGAAGAGACUGAAGGAUGGGUCAAAUGGAGCUUUACCCCAGAGAUACUGAAGGAUAGGUCAAAUGCAUUUCCCUACGGGGACAAUAAAGCGUACUUUAACGUCACUCCCAAAUGGGCAGAUACUAUGUAUACAUUUGUUUAAUUUUAUUACAUCUUUUUUUGUAAAUAAAUGCGAUGGUAAUCUAAUCAAAUC